AUGGCGGAGGAACCGUCCGCCAAGCGUCAUCAUGGUGAGACGUCCGACAAGAGCAGCAUCCUCGACAACGUUCACGUCCCCAGUGAGAAGCGCGAGUACACCAAAACCCUCACAGGGGUUGAUCUCCACGGCAAGGAGACGCUGGAGAUCAUCUGCACCAGCGAACCAGACAAGGCCGGCAAGAUGAUCUCCAGGCUCUGGAGGAGGGCUGGCGGCUUGAUUCGUAGGAUCGUUGGCGUUGGUGUGCGGUACACCAGGGAAGAAGAACCUCCCCAGAUGGCAGCAGUCCUAUAG